GGCAACUACCUACUACACAACAGCCUACAACGGAACAACACUCCCCCCCAGGCUCACAACACAACAGCCCCGCAAUAUCCUCCCGUGGUGCUCGCCUGCUUUAUCUUCGCUUAUCGUCGGCGCUCUCCGCUUCGCUGCCAUACCCCCCGCUGGGACUGCCCUUUCCAUUCGCUGCUCGACUGUUCCAGUUCGCUUCCUUCGACCCCCGAGGACACCAUCCACCGGACGAGAUACUAGAGCCACUAGAGGAGGGAGGGGAUUCUAGCCGUUGCCAUAAGGACGCCAAACUUCCGAGGACGAAUCAUCCCCUUGUCGAACCAACUUACCCACUGGUCACUUCGCGCCCGGCGCCGCCGCAGCCAUGGAGAUCGCCCUCCCCCAACGCACCUCCGGCCCCUCAACCGCCGUCUCCCUCUACCAACAAACCCUCUCGAUGAUCGAGAAACUAUACUCCCUCCCUGGCUUCGAUCACUACCUCUUUCCAAACGGUGUCGACGCGUACGUCGCCGAUCCAACCUCUUUUGCGCCCUUUGAAAUCAUUUGGGCUUGUUUUCGUUUGGGGACGCCGUUCUUGCAUCUUUACAAUCAGUUACGACCCAAAAAGAGAUUGUCGGUGCCGGUAUUGGGUGAGGCAGGGGCCCCGCCGAAAAAGGCCGUCUAUGAGUUUUUGGUCGCGUGUAAGAGCGAGCUGCAUUUACAGGAGAAGGAGCUGUUUACGAUAUCGGGCUUGUUUAAGGAUGACACGAAUGAGUUUGUCAAGUUGAUGAACACCAUCUCGAUAGUGGUACAAAAGAUCGAAGACAUGGGUCUCUUCCCACUACCCAAACCGUUACCAUUCGCGUUACCGUCCGUGCGAAGUACGGGAGGUCCGCAGGAUAACCGCGCCAAACUCCUUACGGAGAUGCUGAAUACUGAACGGGCGUAUGCUGCGGAUUUGGAGAAGCUUCAGCGAUAUCAAAGAGAGCUGCAAAGCCAGGACGUGGUUCCGCGUGACAUGCUGUUACAACUAUUCGCCAAUCUGGACGAGUUGCUCGAUUUCCAAAGACGGUUCUUACUACAGAUGGAGGCGACACUCAGCAUGCCGCCCGCAGAGCAGCAUAUUGGGCAAUUGUACAUUACCAACGAGGAAGCCUUCACAGUCUACGUCCCCUUCUGCGGAAACUACCACUCGGCGAUCCAGAUCGCCACCGAGAAUGCCGCAACCCUGCAGCGAGUGCCCGACAUGGACCCCGUCCGCGAGCUCCCAUCAUAUCUUAUCAAACCUGUACAGCGUGUCUGUAAAUACCCAUUGCUUUUGAACGAACUUGUAAAAUACUCGGACCCGGCUACGUACCCCCACAUGGAGGAGUUGAAAGAGGGCCUGGCGGCCAUCAAGCGAGUUACCGAUUUGGUGAAUGAAGAGCAGAGGCAGGAGGAGAAUAGGCGGAUCAAGCAGGAUGUUUUGGAUCGGGUUGAGGAUUGGAAGGAUCUGGACGUGAACGAAUUCGGCUCUCUGCUACUAAGCGACCGAUUCCCCAUGAACAGCGGCGACGCCGAAAAAGAUUUCGACCUCUUUCUCUUCGAAACCAUCCUCCUCUGCUGCAAAGACACUGCCAAAAAGCGCAAAUCAAAGAAAAACAUCGACACCACAAGCUACCAGCUCAAAGGCAACAUCUACAUCGACCGGAUUGACAGUAUCAUGGACGAGUGUUCGGCGGAGGAGCAGCGGUUUCAGUUGAAGGUUUUCUGGAAAGAUGGUCUGGAGACCGAGUCGUUUGUGCUGCGGUGCAGGAAUAUGGAGCAGGUUAAAUUGUGGAAGGGACGUUUGGACGGGUUGCUUAGCGCGCAACGCAUGCAGCGGUUGUCGAUGAAGGAGGCUACGGCCAAUAUGUACUCGCGGUCGAUGCAGGUCAACCCGGAGUUCAUUCGGAGAAUGAGCGUUGCGCCAAAUUCAUACGACGACGGCUACUUCGACGGCUACGACGCCAUCCCCAUCCCUUUAUCCUCCUCCGCACGCGGCCGGGGUGGUGAUUUCCGUGACCCCUCCGACCUCCCGCCCUCGCCACCCCAAUCAAUGCCCGGCUCCCCGCGCGGCAGCGCCAGCACCGCACGCAAAAUGUCCCUCGCCUCCGCAAUGGCCCCGCCAAGAAGCAUGACAAGUCCGUUCCCGCUGAGCCAGGUGUACCAGGAACCGCAGCGGAUGGGGUCGACUUCUUCAGCUACCUCGUACCAGCCCCAACAACAACCACCACCCCCGCCGCAGCACUACAACUCAUCAUCCUCGUUGAAUUCACUGAACUCGAUCACCCCAGGCUCACCGACCGCCACCCUCCGCAUCCGCAUGCACCACGGCGCCUCCAACCAAUCCUUCGUCAUCGCCGUCGCCCCCACCGUCACGUUCAGCGACCUGCAAGCGAAAAUGGAACGCAAGAUCCGCUUGUGUGGCGGGAACCAGGACGGGCGACGGCUGCGCAUGCGGUAUAAAGAUGAGGAUGGGGAUUUCAUCGCGAUCGCGAAUGAUGAGGAUGUCGGGAUGUGUUUUGAGGCUGCUAGGGGCAGGAUGGGCAAGAGUGGCGGCGAGGGGUUUGUUAAUGUGUGGAUUGUGUGA